AUGACCGCACAAUCUCCCUUUCAAACUCCUCAAGACCUCCGAGACUGGGGAUGGCAUGACGGUGUCAAGAUAUCGCAAGCUUACGAUGACCUCAGCAGCAUCUGGUGGGGAGCUGAUGUGGCACUGAAGGGCCUUCAGCUUCCUUGGAAGACAGAUGCACAAGAGGGUCCCAAUCGUCUCACCAUUGUAGUGCACCAAGACCCCACUGCAGAUAUCAGUGUUGAUAAGCAAACUUACAAGGUCGACGGAAAAGAAUACCGGGCUUCGGAGGCUGAUUACACUAUGACUAUGAAUCUGCAAGAUGGUGUUAUCAUUGCCAUAAGUCGCAAAGGCCCAGAUACGGCAGGCAAGGAGCGAGAGCCGCCGCUGAAACCAGAAGACAUGCCAAAACUCCACCAAUUCUCCGAUGUUGGCUGGAUAAAAUGGAAGGCCAUGACAGAGGCGAAUAAUCUUCCUGUUAACAAUCUUCGGUAUUUCUUAUCGCUUGGGAUCGCGAACACACAGACGAUAUCAGUGUGCGAGAGGAUUUUCAGGGAUAAUAACCAAGCAAUGAAGAAGUGGCCUGGAGACGUUUUUCUAGCCGGCACAUGGGACUUCCGUGCUAUCUUGGGAACCCCGAACGUACAAGGCUUUGGGUACAUGCUGGUUCAACACAAGGCAGAUCUGGGCAACAUGUUCAUUAGUAAAAUCCAUGUUUUCCUGUGUGAAAACUACGAGAUUUGCAUUGUCGCAUUUGUGUCCCAACCAGUGGCCACUCCAGUGCAAGAUGCAAUGGUCGGAUCAAUAGUCACCUCCGAUCAGGUCGACAGACGCGACGAAGGAAGUAACGUCAUGCGUUUACACAAGAUCUUCGCGAAGCUGUGA